CUCCUUCUCAUUCUUCUUUAUAGUCUCUCUGAUCAGAUUAUAUUUUACUUCACAAAAAAUUAGAACUCGGAAAAGCAAAAAAAUGGAGAGCCCCAACGAAUUGCGAGAAGCGAAACCGGAUCUGGACUCCAACGACUCUCUCAAUAAUCUUCUCGAUCCUUCAUCUCCUUCUUCUAGCGAUGCCUCAAGAUCAUCCGUUGACUCCACUCGACCCGAUUCUUCACGCCCUCACUCUUCUCCUUUCUCCCGCUUCUCUAAGGGCAGGUGCGCGAUCUGCUUGUAUGAGAUUAGGAAGGAAGACGGGAAGGCUAUAUUUACUGCAGAGUGUUCUCACUCCUUCCAUUUCGAUUGUAUAACCUCCAACGUUAAACACGGAAACAGGAUUUGCCCUUUGUGCAGAGUUCAGUGGAAGCAAGUCCCUUUGUCUGAUGUUGACUCUCUCCCUACCUCUCUGCCUCAAAGGGGUUUUGAAGAUGAUGAGCCUUUACCUCACGGAGAGACACAAUUCCAGAGUGAUGCUGCUCAUCGUCCCCAUCAUCAAUCCCUCCAGAUUAAACUCUUCCCUGAAGUGUCCGCGCUGGCGAAACCGGUUACUCGUAGUGAUUUUGCUGUUCUGGUUCAUCUUAAGGCUGAGGGUGUGAGUGAUGAUGCUAGGCGCGCUCGUGCUCCUUUGGAUCUCAUUACCGUGCUUGAUGUUAGUGGGAGCAUGGAAGGAGUCAAAAUGGAGCUCAUGAAAAACGCUAUGGGUUUUGUGAUUCAGAAUCUUGGUGAGACCGAUAGGCUCUCUGUUAUUUCCUUCUCCUCCACGGCUCGUCGACUAUUUCCUCUUAGACUGAUGUCUGAGACGGGGAAGCAAGCGGCGAUGGAGGCUGUUAACUCCUUGGUUGCUGGGGGCGGGACAAACAUCGCAGAGGGGCUCAAGAUUGGUGCAAGAGUCAUUGAGGAUAGGCGGUGGAAGAACCCUGUUUCCGGAAUGAUGCUUUUGUCCGAUGGACAGGACAACUUUACUCUUUCUCAUUCCAGGGUCCAUCUCAGAGCAGAUUACGAGUCUUUGCUUCCAAGUUCUUGCCGGAUCCCUAUUCAUACCUUUGGGUUCGGCUCAGAUCACGAUGCUGAGCUAAUGCACACGAUCUCAGCAGUCUCUAGUGGCACGUUUUCGUUCAUCGAAACAGAGACUGUGAUUCAGGAUGCUUUUGCGCAGUGUAUUGGAGGGCUUCUCAGUGUAGUGAUUCUUGAACAAGUUGUUGAAAUCGAAUGCGUUCAUGAGCGUGGCCUGAAAAUAUCUUCCAUAAAGGCAGGAAGCUAUAGAAGCCAUAUAGCAUCUGAUGCAAGAACCGCCACAAUCGAUGUUGGAGACAUGUACGCAGAAGAAGAAAGGGACUUCCUAGUGAUUCUUGAAAUUCCAUGCUGCGACAACAAUGGGUCUGCUGAUUCUGAAUCUGUGUCGUUGCUAAAGGUUAGAUGCGUCUUCAAAGAUCCUGUUACGAAAGAGAUUGUCCGUGUGGAAUCUGACGAAUUAAGCAUCCAAAGGCCAAUGAAGCUAACAGGAGAAGAAGUGGUGUCCAUAGAGGUUGACAGGCAGUUAAACAGGUUCCUUGUUUCACAAGCUAUGUCAGAAGCUAGGGUUUUAGCGGAUGGAGGUGACCUGACCGCAGCAAUUGGAAUUCUUAGAAACCGUGAGAGAGAAUUAUCAGAGACACCGUCUGCUCGAUCGAGUGAUAGGCUUUGUCAAUCACUGUCCUCCGAGUUGAAUGCGUUGCAAGAAAGGAUGACGAGCAGGAGGAUGUACAGAACAUCAGGGCGAGCUUACGCCUUCUCGAGCAUGAGCUCGCAUUCGGCUCAAAGGGCAACGGCUCGUGGAGACUCGACCCAGGGUUUAAGCCCGGUACAGGCUUAUCAGACGUCUUCAAUGGCUCGUAUGGUGACUCGGUCUCAGCAACUGGUGUUCGAAAGCCCUAAAGCAUCCCCUGCUCGUGAAAGCCAAAGCCGAAUUUGACAGAAUAAUGAAUUGGGGUUUGUGAUUAUUGUUGCUUUUGGUUUUAACUUGGUUGGGUGGUGUGAAGAGAGAAGUUGAGUUGGUUCUGUUUGAACCGGGGACAUGGUUUCUAAUGGCUUUUCUUAACCAACAAUAUGAUACUGGUUAUCUUUCUUAUUUGGUUUAUUGUGGAUUCGUAUAAAAAGAACAUAUUAUCUUUGUUACA